AUGGCGGAGCUGCAACUGGACCCGGCGAUGGCCGGGCUGGGAGAGGGGGGUGGGAGCGGGCUGGGCGACGGGGGCGGCCCGGGCCGCGGACCUCCCAGCCCUCGCCCCGCCGGCCCCGCCGGCCCCACGUCCCGCGGCCACAGCCGCCCGCCCGCCGCCGCCGCGCAGCCGCUCGAGCCGGGUCCCGGACCCCCCGAUCGGGCAGGGGGCGCCGGCGCGGCCCGCUGGGUCCGGCUGAACGUGGGCGGCACCUACUUCGUGACCACCAGGCAGACCCUGGGCCGCGAGCCCAAGUCUUUCCUCUGCCGCCUCUGCUGCCAGGAAGACCCGGAGCUGGACUCGGACAAGGAUGAGACGGGGGCCUAUCUGAUUGACAGGGACCCCACCUACUUUGGCCCUAUCCUCAACUACCUCCGCCACGGGAAACUCAUCAUUACGAAGGAGUUGGCAGAAGAAGGUGUGCUGGAGGAGGCAGAGUUCUACAACAUCGCGUCUCUUGUGCGGCUGGUGAAGGAAAGGAUACGGGACAAUGAGAACAGAACUUCCCAAGGCCCCGUGAAGCACGUGUACCGAGUCCUGCAGUGCCAGGAGGAGGAGCUGACGCAGAUGGUCUCCACCAUGUCUGACGGCUGGAAAUUCGAACAGCUCAUCAACAUCGGGUCUUCCUAUAACUAUGGGAACGAGGACCAGGCCGAAUUCCUCUGUGUCGUCUCCAGAGAACUAAAUAAUUCCACCAACGGCAUCGUCAUAGAGCCCAGCGAGAAGGCGAAGAUUCUUCAGGAGAGAGGGUCUCGGAUGUAA